CGCCGGGUCCAAUGGGAGGAGGGCCCGCGCCGCACCUCAACCUGGCAGAGGACGUCACGACGCCAAGACGGACGCCGGGCCAAUGGGAGGCCGUCGCGGGCAGGGACGGGGUCGGGAGGAGUCGGGGCUGGGCCGCGCCAAGGCAGUUGGCUGACUCCAGUUUAGCCGCCGCCGGAGAGGACGGGCGCCGAGCCGGGGCUGCGGACUUCGGCCUGCCCCUCACCUCACUCCCGCUGCUUGCACCUCCCGGAUGGUGCUGACUGCUCCCUAAGCGGCGGCGGCGGCGAGUCGUGAGGACGCGCCGCGGAGGCUGUUCGGGGUCGAGGCUUCCCGUCGCCGGCACUUCCUCUUGCGGCGCCCGUGCGCGGCCGGCCCGGCAGGCGGGAUGGCGGCCGCGGCUCCAGGGAACGGCCGCGCAUCGGCGCCCCGGCUGCUUCUGCUCUUUCUGGUUCCGCUGCUGUGGGCCCCGGCUGCGGUCCGGGCCGGCCCAGAUGAAGACCUUAGCCACCGGAACAAAGAACCGCCGGCGCCGGCCCAGCAGCUGCAGCCGCAGCCUGUGGCUGUGCAGGGCCCCGAGCCGGCCCGGGUCGAGAAAAUAUUUACACCAGCAGCUCCAGUUCAUACCAAUAAAGAAGAUCCUGCUACCCAAACUAAUUUGGGAUUUAUCCAUGCAUUUGUCGCUGCCAUAUCAGUUAUUAUUGUAUCUGAAUUGGGUGAUAAGACAUUUUUUAUAGCAGCCAUCAUGGCAAUGCGCUAUAACCGCCUGACCGUGCUGGCUGGUGCAAUGCUUGCCUUGGGACUAAUGACAUGCUUGUCAGUUUUGUUUGGCUAUGCCACCACAGUCAUCCCCAGGGUCUAUACAUACUAUGUUUCAACUGUAUUAUUUGCCAUUUUUGGCAUUAGAAUGCUUCGGGAAGGCUUAAAGAUGAGCCCUGAUGAGGGUCAAGAGGAACUGGAAGAAGUUCAAGCUGAAUUAAAGAAGAAAGAUGAAGAAUUUCAACGAACCAAACUUUUAAAUGGACCGGGAGAUGUUGAAACGGGUACAAGCAUAACAGUACCUCAGAAAAAGUGGUUGCAUUUUAUUUCACCCAUUUUUGUUCAAGCUCUUACAUUAACAUUCUUAGCAGAAUGGGGUGAUCGCUCUCAACUAACUACAAUUGUAUUGGCAGCUAGAGAGGACCCCUAUGGUGUAGCCGUGGGUGGAACUGUGGGGCACUGCCUGUGCACGGGAUUGGCAGUAAUUGGAGGAAGAAUGAUAGCACAGAAAAUCUCUGUCAGAACUGGUAGUUUCUCUCCCUGGCUCAUCUUGCAUGCUUGCUCUGAUGGAAAAGGUCACCUGGAAAGGAACUGAGGAUAGCCUUCAGCCAGCAAGAAACCAAGGCCCUCAGUCCAACUGCCCAUGAGGAACUGAAGUGUGCCAGCAACCACUAAGUGAGGUGGAAACAGAUGCCACCUCAGUUGAACUUUGAGAUGACUGUGGCUCCCACCAACACCUUGAUUACAGCCUCAUGAAAGAAUCUGAAGUAGAGGGUCCAGCUAAACUGUGCCUGGACUCUUGACUCACCAAACUAGGAGAUAAUAAGUGUGUUGUUUUAUAUCACUAAAUUUUGGAGUAAGUUGUUACACAGCUAUAGAUAACUAAUAUACUACACUUCUGAUCUGAUAUAACAAAAAAGAAACCAGAGUUCCAAUUCUGACUAUAAUUUCCCAGCCAGUGUCUUUAGGGAAGAUUUUUUUUUCCCCUCUUGAAACCCCAAUUUCAGUAUUUUCAAAGUGGGGAUAUUACCUACCCGAUAAAAAUAUCUGAUGUGUAAAUUAUAUUUCAUAAUUCAUAUAAAUAACCUAGCCAGAGACUAGUACAUCACUGGGAAUAAAUGGUAGUUUUAAUCUGAGAUCAGACACGUCUCUCAUCCAAUUUUCUUUUUUAGAGGCAGGUGAGACUCUAAAAUAUUAAAUUAAAAAUAAGUAGUAAAGUAUAAUCACAUCCCUGUUAUAAGUGAGGAAAUAAAGUAUUUUUGAAAAAUAGUUUUCCUAUUAAUUAUUGAGUUUCAUCUUUUAUUGGGGAGAAAUUAAAAAUAAUUUUUUUUAAUUAUAAGAAACAUACUUUGUCAGCAGCUGUCUCAGGAAGAGACUCUUCAAUGCCAAGUUCUCGUCGUCUUUCAGCCCUAACUUCUGCAUAACUACAAACGGAAAAAAUAAUCAAAUUUUAGUGUUUGGUCAUUCGUUUAAAAUACUGCACAGCUGUAACUAUUCAGUGUUGUUACGUGUCUCAUCUGUUCAUCUAGACUAUUUGCUAUGUGCUACACAAACCUAAAAUAUACCUAUAAUGUCUUAAUUUAACUUGCAUUUUUCUAGGUAUCUUAAAGUUUCAUACACUGCUGUAAACGAUCCAUAACCACACAAUACUUAAAUUAAGAAAAAUAAAUAAAGGAAGUGUAUGCUUAUCUA